AUGCCCUUCUCUUCCUCCUCUUCCUCCUCCGCCCCCGAGGUGUCCACCACUCCGCUUGCCGAUUACUUUUGGAUCGCUGGUGUCGACGGGACCGAGAUCCUCGACUGCUUCCAGAGAUUGGGGGAUGAGUACCGCGCCAACAAUGCUACCUCGCCCGGCCCCGCCGUCACCGACACCAUUGAAGAAGAUGCCGACGCGGAGGAGGCCCACGACCCCCGACUAGAUGGUCUCUCCCGGCCCAACUCCAUGGCAGGCGGGCGCAAUUCCUUCCAGCGCUUCUCCAUGCGCUCGGGAGAACCCGAACUUAACGAGAAUGGUCCGAGCAGCAACCGGAGCAGCAUGACCAUCAAGGGUGCGCAGUCCCCGCGAGGCUCGUCUUUCCUGGAGGACUUUGACUUCGAUAAGGCGCUGUUGAAAUUCGCUUCGGAGCGGGAUUCCUUCCUGUCGGAUUUGAGUGUCACUGCCGGCGCAAUCACCCCCCAGUCGCAGGCCCGCCCCCGAUCUCGACUACGGACCACUAAGAUCGUUUCGGAGGAGUCGCCCUCGCAGCCAUCCAGCCUGCUUCGAUCCGGUAUCGGAAGUGUGCGACGUCACAUGGCUUUCAGGGACAUGAACAGUAUGAAACGGCAACCCUCGGUUGCGCGUCAAGCUUCCAUCCGCACUUCGCGACGCCUGAGCAACUACAACUCGGUGAUCCCGGUACCGCAACCGCUGGAGAUCUCGCCUAGCAUGCACCCUCUCAAACGGCGAUUCGAACCGGUCCUGCUCGAUCGAUACCCUACCAGGAACAUGUCCGACGAGCUGAAGCAGCGUGGCAAUUUCCCCGACUACGUGCCGAUGUUUGCUUUCCCCAACGACAUCAACAUUGUUUCCUCGGACCAAAGACCUCGGUCGACGUGGCAUGGGUUCGCCAUGACCACGGAUAAUGGCUCCCGUCUACACGCCAUUUGCGUUAUAAUGUGGAUUCCGCUCAACCAGCGGGCCGCCGAGGAACUGGAGAAGCGUUGUGAGGAAUGGCGAAAAGACAACAUGACGGACGAGGAGCGGGAGCUGGCGGCAAGCCUCGGCGAAAGAUUGGCGUCGGAACGGGCCAAGCUUUCGAGGCUCCUGGCUCAACUGCCGACGGUCCCUUCCGGAUCGGAGUCCAGAGAGCAGUUGGAAGAUGAAAUCAGCGCGGUAGAAGAGAAGAUCGGGCUGAUGACCGACCUUUUACGCCCGGUGCGCCACGGUGCGGCUUCGAAGAUCGAAGGCCUGACGGAUGGCGACACGGGAUUCUGGAUACCCCGCGCCUACGGCAUUCUCGGGCGGGAAGAGAACAUGACCAGCUUCUGGAAGGAAUGGCUGAAAGCUGUCAUCGUACCGAUGACCGACGGCAGCAUUCAGCGGGUUCCCCCAAGCUCGCCCCGCAUGGGCGUCUGGCAGCCCCUGGAGCGGUAUGUGAUGAAUCUUUGCACGGAGGCCUUUAGUCCCAACACCUCCAAGACCCAAGUGGAGCUUGCCGUCCGCGAACUGCGACUCUUCGCCCGAAAAGAAGCGUCCAACGAGCUCCCGGGCGCCCGCAAUACCGACAUCUAUGCGUUGUUCCGCACGCUUUCGCUGUCGAACAUUGUCAUCCUUCUGGAGUACGCUCUGACCGAGUCGCGGAUCAUCUUUCUCUCGUCCCAUACUUCCAUGCUCUACCUGGCGACCAAGGCUCUGGUUGACUUGCUGUUCCCCAUUCCCUGGUCGGGUGUGUUGAUCCCCGUUCUUCCGGCGCGUUUAGUCCAGGCGAUCGAGGCGCCUUGCCCUUACAUCGUCGGCAUCGAGCGCCGGUACGAGAAGGUCGAACUUCCGUCCGAUGAUUUUGUGCUGGUGGAUCUAGAUGCCGAUCUGAUCGAAAGCACCAUUCAGCCCACGCCCCUGCCCCGCCAUCAGCGCCGGAAGCUCCUGUCGCUUCUUCAAUUGGCGGCUCCGCACCACGGUCGAUUCGGAGUCCCGACAGGCCCUCCUGCGUAUGCCGUUGAGACGUUCCCAUUCGACGCCUUCAUGUCGGAAAACUCGUCGAUCUUCAAUUCUCGGGCACAAUCGACGCAGCUGGCUAAGUAUGUCAGUCUCAACUCCAGUGCUUUCGGUCAGAGCUCCGUCCCGCCGAGCUCGUAUCAACCGCUUGUCUUCAACGCUUAUCUGCAUGCUCGAUACGAGCAGGUUCCGUCCCGAGGAUACUCCUCCAAGGGGUCUGACCGCCCAGGAACAGGCUCAACUUCCAAGACCGGCUCGCCGCCUUCGCCGCGCGACAUCUCUCCUACCUCUGGUCAUUUCCCGCCUCCGCCACCGACGCCGAACUCUCGAAAUGAUUCCGGCUUGGCUCUACAAGCCUCCCUGCGUGAAAAGCGCUCGGGCCACUUUGACGCGGCAUCUCGACGAAGCUCGUCCUUCGGGAUGGAGAUGCGCCCGGGCGUUCCAAGACGGCCAAGCGCCCCUUUCCUCGGCCAUGCGCCCAACCUCUCUGUAACAACUUUGAACACCGAUUAUAACUCCGGGUCCACGUAUGCACCGUCGGUUUACGCCCAGUCCACAGUGGCGGCGUCAACGAUCGUACCCCAGGCAUCCAACCAGCCCAUCCAUAAUUCGGAAGGCACGUGCUGGGUCGAGGGUCACUGCCUCCGACUGCAGCCGUGUGACGAGAAAUCGGUUUGUGCAAUUUGUGACGAACGAGCUGAGGAGGGCAUGUACCGAUGCACCGCCUGUAAGACCCUGGUGCACAGCCGUUGUGCUCUGCAGAUCUGCCUGGUUUGUCCCGCUGCAUUCCAUCCGGAACAAGUUCGAGCGGCCUUUGUGAGAUUGUUUGCCAGCUUGUUCUAUACUUACAAGAAGUAUCUUCAACCCGCUUCGGGCGACAAGAAAAAGGCGGGCCUGACAUACAGUUUCAACAUGGAUGCCUUCAUGAAGAGUCUGCCGGGCGAGCAUGCGGAAUACAUUUCCAUCCUCCAGCAAACGCAAGGUAUGUUUCUGUGA